AUGUCCUCGUUAAACCGCGAACUGUCGGAGGACAGUGCGUUUGCCGCUGGUCGUAACAGUUGGAAUCGCCACUAUCAUAACAGCGUCGUGCAGCCUCUUUUAACAGAUCUGUAUCAAAUCACCAUGGCUUACGCAUACUGGAAGUCGGGCAAAAUCGACGAUCAUGCCGUGUUCGAUCUCUUCUUCCGCACGAACCCAUUUCAAGGCGAGUUCACGAUCUUUGCCGGAUUGGAGGAGUGUUUGAAAUUUUUGGACAGUUUCCACUACUCAGAAACAGACAUCGAAUAUCUCAAACAUGCCCUGCCCCAAGGCAUAGAGGACGAGUUUUUUGACUACUUGGCCCAGCUAACAGCUAAGGACGUCACCUUGUAUGCAAUAGAAGAGGGAUCAGUAGCUUUUCCAAGGGUUCCCUUGAUCAAGGUGGCAGGACCGUUGAUUAUAGUGCAACUGCUUGAAACGACGCUUUUGACACUGGUGAAUUACGCAAGUUUAAUGGCCACAAACGCAGCUCGUUAUCGUAUGGUCGCCGGGAAGCAUAUACACCUGCUCGAGUUUGGGUUGCGCCGUGCCCAGGGCCCGGACGGAGGACUUUCUGCAUCGAAAUAUUCCUAUAUCGGUGGUUUUGAUGGCACAUCGAACGUGUUGGCCGGAAAGCUGUUCAACAUUCCAGUGAAGGGUACUCAUGCACAUGCCUACAUUACAUCGUUCACCGGAAUCGACGAGCUGAAGACGCGCGUACUUCAACAUAAGGAAGAUGGUACCACUCAUGACUUGCUUGAGUUGGCCAUGGAACACCGGGCAGCAUUGGCAAGCGUGCUGGACGUCUCGACAGAUGAGAGCAGUGAGGGCGAACUGGCGGCAAUGGUGUCCUUCGCGAUCGCCUUCCCGGACGGGUUUAUGGCACUAGUCGACACGUACGAUGUCAAGAGGAGCGGUUUGCUGAACUUUUGUGCCGUGGCACUAGCGCUCAACGACCAAGGAUACCGCGCGAUCGGUAUACGCAUCGAUUCCGGCGAUCUGGCGUACCUGAGCUGUUUGGCGCGGGAAACUUUCGAGCGUAUCGCCGAACGUUUCAAGCUGCCCUGGUUCAGCAAGCUGACAAUUGUCGCCUCGAACGACAUCAACGAGGAUACGAUCCUGAGCCUGAACGAGCAGGGCCACAAGAUCGAUUGCUUUGGCAUUGGGACGCAUUUGGUAACCUGCCAGCGUCAGCCAGCACUCGGCUGCGUGUACAAGAUGGUGGAGAUCAACAAUCAGCCGCGCAUCAAACUCAGCCAGGACGUGGGCAAGGUUACAAUGCCGGGCAGCAAGAACGUCUUUCGGCUGUACGGGGCGGAUGGACAUGCGCUGAUUGAUCUGCUGCAGCGGGUCGAUGAAAAUCCGCCCGAGGUUGGCCAGAAGGUGCUGUGCCGUCAUCCAUUCCAGGAGUCGAAGCGUGCUUACGUCAUUCCGACACAGGUGGAACCGUUGUACCGGGUGUACUGGACCGAGGGCCGGGUGGCACAGGUGUUGCCCUCGCUCGAGGAAGUCCGUGAGCGUGUUCAGGCCUCGCUAAGGACAUUGCGUCAGGAUCACAAGCGCACACUGAACCCGACACCCUACAAGGUGGCCGUGAGCGAUAAUCUGUACAACUUCAUUCACGAGCUGUGGCUGCAGAAUGCUCCGAUCGGAGAGCUCUCAUGA